UCGAAGUAGCGAGUGCGGUUGCGCAGGGUUUGAUUGACGGCGAGCCCUGAGCUCAAUGGGUUUGAGCAGUGGAGUUGGUGUAGCGCUGUUCGCUCUCGGCUGCAUUUUCAUUGCGAGGAUCUUCCUGGUACUCAGGAAAAGUGGAGUUCCCAAAGUGGGCAGGCGUGACCCCGCCAGUGUGCUGGUGGUGCUCGGUUCCGGGGGGCACACGACAGAAAUUCUCAGGCUGAUGGAUAGCCUCUCAGCUUCAUAUGCUCCAAGGCAUUACAUCAUUGCUAACACGGAUAGGAUGAGUGAAGAGAAAGUUCGUAUCCUUGAGGCAUCUAGAACGAAAGGAAAUACUGACCCUCAGCAUACUAUUCACUGGAUUCCUCGUAGCCGCGAGGUCUGUCAGUCCUGGACGUCUUCAGUGAUAAGUACAGUAUACUCGCUGCUGUAUUCCAUCCCACUGGUGUUCCAGCUGAAACCUGAUGUGGUGCUGUGUAAUGGUCCAGGAACAUGCGCGCCCCUUUGUGUAUCUGCUCUGCUGCUCGGAAUCCUUGGUGUGAAGAAAGUGCUGAUUAUCUACGUAGAGAGCAUCUGCCGCGUUGAAACCUUGUCUCUGUCAGGGCAGAUACUGUACAAUUUGUCAGAUUACUUUUUUGUUCAAUGGCCAGUACUGCAGAAGAAAUAUCCCAAAGCAAUCUACCUUGGCCGACUAGUUUGAACAUCUCAUGGGAGCUGGGACUAAGAUUGUGCAAAAAGCAUUUGUGCCCAGAUGUCAGGAAGCAGCAGCAAUGCAGAAUAAAUACACCUUCCAGAUAUUGUUUGUUGGGUUUAAUCUCUGAAAAGGGAGCAUGUGUAUUGAAAGGAAAAGUUCUAGGUAAACUUACGGUAUUGGGGAUAAUCUACUGGACUUAAAUUUGUGGUCUUGGGACUGCUGCUAGAAAGUAUUAGUCAUGUACAACAUGAGGGAAUCAACCCCAUAUAAACAGUCAUAAGGUUAUUAUAACUGUUGACUGCUUCACACAUUUGGACUCUUUGUUUCACUAUUUUGUCAGUGAACUAAUUUUUAACAAUACAAGAAGCCAUGAGCUGCCAAUUCAUUUGAUUAACCCCUUCUUCCCUUUAUUGCUAUUCUUGAAUGGCUCUGUACACUAAAUAAACCUUCAUUUACUUUAUAUUAUACUUGAUUCCUACAACUAUUUUCCACAUCAAAGGUUAGUAUAGCAGUGCACUUUAUUCCCAGCCAGAAGCCAUUUGAACUUUCCUCGUUUGAAGAGCAUUUUUUCAUUUUUGAGUUGUCAAGUGUUCAUGUUAUGAGGUACAUUCGCUAUCGAAGUCUUUCUUCAUACAAUAUUUUCCAAAUUCCAAAAUUAAAACCAAAGACAAUAGAAAUGUUGACACAUUUUGUGUGCACACAUCAAUUUUAUUUGACGUAUGUUAAUGACUUUGGAAUUGCAUUGUCUGGUGUUAUUUAUCUUAAUCUUCAGUAGUUUAUGGAUUCUGUUCAUUCCCGUAUUUACUUUCCUCUCUGUUAAUCCUUUCAUUCCUCCUCAGCAUUAUAUUGUCAUCUAACAUUGUUUUUGAUCCUCAUUUCUCCCACUGUAUCUGUUAAGUGAAGUUUGAUUAUUUCCCAAUUAUCGAUGACUAGAUUGAAAAUGUGGGGACAUGUCCCCUGCAAUGACAAAUAAUUGAGGUUCUGGUGUUAAAAGAAAGAAGGGCUUCUGUUUGUUUUGUACCUUUCACAUCCUCAGGACAUUUCAAAGUGAUUUGUCACAAAUUAAGUAUGUUUCAAAUGUAGUCAUUGCUGCAGUAUAGAAAGCAACAAGUCAGUCCUGGGUGAUUGAAUAUUUGACUGAUUCUCAUUCAGGCUGCAGCUUAGUAAACUAAGAAACAAUAAGAAGCUACUUCAAGGAGACAGUCAUUCUUAUUUAAUGCAAAGUCCCGUGCUAAAGUUAAUUCAGAAUCUGUAGCAUUAGGGUUUGACAGGUAAUAUUUGGGACUGUGUAAAUAGCACCUGCUAUAAGGAUGACUUAAGAGAACAGACGAACGAGAGACUUGGAGAAAGAAUGCUCAGGCUUCAACACAGUAAAACCUAUUCAUGUGAGCCAUAUACACUUCUACAAUUUAUAAUAAACUGGUUGUUGCUUGAACAUACCAAUGACUCAAUCAUUCCACAGCUAGACUAACCAGCACACUACGGGUUGUCCUGGUUAAGAAAUUUGUCUAAGACUUGGCAGCAAGCCACAUACCAUAAUAUCAACAUGUAGAAAUGCAACAAUAAUUCCUAUGCAGCUGCCAGUCUCCAUUCUUUCAUAUUGUUGCCACGUUAUUGUAAUGGUCUUUUAAAUGAAUUGAUGUGUAGAUUCCUACCCUGACCUCAAUAUGUCACGUUUACUUUCUGUCAAAUGUACAUUGCAUUUAUUUGCAUUCUGAAUUGAUUUUACCACAAGAAUGUAUAAGGUGGGCCCUUUCUCCUGGAGCAUCGCAAAAGCAGUUUGUCUCAUGAAUCCUGAUUUUUGCCUACUGCAUAUGCAGUCUAGCCUCCACAGAGGUGAUUGUAUCAAUAGACAUGCCACUGAGGACAAACCCUCUGCAGUGACUCUUUGAUGGUCUUCACUGACGAGAUAUUUGCCUACCUAUUAUGUGCACCUCAAUCAGAUCUGGAGUGCAUCAAAAAUAGAUCCAUGGACAAAAUGACGCAGGAGGCACCCAUCAUUACAGGAGCCGGGGGAGCACGUCAGACUCAGAAGGGGAGGGACCCCUAUAAGGCCCAAGAGGAAUCACAAAUUAAUUUCCCUGUGGAAUGUAUUGUUUAUGAGUUUCGUGGUAACAGGCAAUUGCCUGUCCAGCUGGAAAUUAUCACCUGAAUCCUUUGGGGGCCCAUUUGUAGUAAUGUCCUAAUCGUGGAAUGGGAGGCUUGGGUUGAAGUCCUACCCACUCCAGAGGUGUUAAUAACAACCUCUGAACAGGACGAUUAGAAAAACAGGUUUAAAAAACACACUAUAAAGCAGAGGUAGUAAUAACCCAGAGAUAGUUGUAACCCCACUGUGAAGCUGCUCAUUUCUGAAGGAGGAUCCCAACCCGAAAUGUCAACUUUCCUGCUCCUCUGAUGCUGCCUGGCCAGCUAUGUUCCUCCAGCUCCAUACUGUGUUAACACGAGAAAACAGCUGGGGAUGGGUCUGCAGAUCUGCCUGUCCUGAGCUGGAUCUGGUUUGUGUAUGCCAUGAGUAGCAGUUCUAUUUUGGCGUUCAACAAUAAAUGAUGUUUCUUCCCUG